AUGAAAACACCGGUAUUGUCGAAACAACAGCAAAGACAAUCUUUGUCAGCGAAAAAAUCACAAAAUAAAGGAUUGCGAAAUGUCUUAGCUCAACCUCAAGAUAAUUUUUGGCCAAUUGUAGAUGCAGAAAAAUGUCCAAUUUUGGAAGAACUUUUAAACAAAUUAAUGCCAGCUAUAAAACGUCCAUCUAAUUCAAUACCAUGGUCUCAACUUAGACAUAUGAAAAAAGAGGAACGUGCUCAAGCUAAAAAGGAAGCCCUUGGGAAGGAAGAAAAUGUUCCUAAUCCAGAGAUGGUAACUUCUAUUAUUUUGGGUAUAAAUGCAAUCACAAGGUCAUUAGAGAAGGAAAAUGUUUGCUGUAUUUUAAUGGAUGCAAACAUUGAUCCACAUCUUCUAGUAAAACAUAUUAUACACAUGGCACAGAAUAAAAAAGUACCAAUACUGAUGUUUCCUAAACUAAAGACUGUAACACUAAAUACAAUAGGAUUUGCAACUGCUGCAUGUGCCUUAAAGAAUCUUGUGAUGGAUUCUCCAGACCAUCAUUUUCAUCCAUUAUACAUGACAAUAUAUGAUAUUUUUAAAGACAUACCCUUACCAAAAAAUACAUUGCAAUUAUUUAAAGAUAUUGAAUCAUCAGAACAGACUAUAUUGUAUAAAGAAGACAAAAUAAGUAUUGAGGAUGAAUCUGAGAUUGCUCCUUCAGAGCCAGUUAAAUUUACUUUAUCUACAAAUGUAUAUAUGUACAGAUCUUCGUGUAAAGAAAGAGCUUUUGUUCCACCCAGUGCAACAGAAGGUUCUACAAGUGAACCUAUCAUAGAAAAAAUGGAACAUGAAGAUUUUAUUUCUAUAAGUAAAUAUAGUACUGACGAGUAUGAUAGAAGUAUUAAGAAAGGUACACGAUAUACGAAUGCCAAUGAAUCCAAAAACUCGAAAAAACGGGGAAACAACGUAAACAAAACAUCGACGAAUGUUACGUAUUUACCGCUGAAAGUCAAACGUUUACAGGGUAAUGCAAAUCGCGUAAAAGCAACGAAAAUUUCAAAAACAAAAGAAAAAAUAAUGUACAUGAAUGUGUUACAUGUAUAA